UAGGUUCACCCAGAUUUAAAAAAAAAAAAAUACUUAAAGUGCUCUAUUUUUACACGCUAAUUUUGUUCUUUAAUAUAUUGAAAAUUAUGAUUUUAAGAUGAUCUUCCUCAAGUAUACUUGACUGCUCUUUUGGUACACCUUGAAUAUACCAACUAAAAUGUGCUUUUAUUAAUAUACUAACUCUGUAUUAAAAACACGUAUUUCCUUUUUAUUAGCUGUACACUGAAGUCUGUAAAAAAUUGGUUUGGUGAGUAAAUCAAAAAAAGAAAGUAUGUUAAAAUCACUUUGUAGUUCAUAUACUGUAUCCAGCAGCAACCUUGGUAGUAAAAAGUACUACUAAAGAGUAGGCUACUUUUAGUUAGAUUAAAUGAGUGUGUGAAAACAGACUGAUACGGGUUCUGUCGGACAGCAGGAGGCAGCAUCUUCAACACUGUUGAACUCCAGGAGCUGGGUAACAGAUUUGAAGUCUCUUGAUAUCAGGCUGCUUCGAGAGCUACGUAUCUAAGCUCUUAUUUGCCUCAAUUGUUUUGGGGGGUAAAAGAAGUUAAUAGAGUUCACGACUCUUUAUGUGAGACCUGUAAACACAUUAAGACCCAAAGGCUUUGCUGUAACUGUCGUCUGUUGACGGGUGAGAAUAAGUUAGUGAACCCCGCGUUGUUCCGUGACUGAACGACAGCCGUGAGUUUCCUCAAAUCAACUCGACAUAAACAAUCAUCAAACAGCAGGAUAAUAACCGAUGACGAGCGCCGGGAGAUUUUCUGGCAUAUUUUAUCGGCAGAUGUUUGUUCCAUGGUGUGUGUUUGCGCGUCUCGGAGGGGUUUCCCGUAUGUUGGAUGUUUAUUCUUGCGGUUCUGCCGCGUUUCUCUGAAGUCUUCGGCUCUUAAUGGUGCUGGAGAAAGACGCUUCCACGUAACGCUCCACCCAUCUCUCCACCUAACUCUAUAGCGUUAUUUAAGAAUAGAACACCUUCCUCUGACAUGACUCGAGAAGCGAAGCUGUCUGCAUUCACAAAGGUAAGACUGGAUUAUCUCAAAUAUCAGCUGAGCUCAGUGUCACCGAUAAAGAAAAAGCUAUUAUAAGCGUGCAGCUUGUUUAUUAAUGAUGCUUACGCUUCAUGCAUUAUAAUACAUAUUCUCUAUUUUGUUCCUUUUUCUGAAAAAAGCCAACUGUAUAGCCUUGUGACUUGCACGUAAACUUUAAAAACGCAUUUUUUCCCCCCAUGCACGUUAUGAAUGUGUGUGUUAUUGCGGACUGUGCAUGCAUGAACUCAUCUGAACCGCUCUUCUGCUCACUGCACGCGCACCUGCCCUCGCAUGCCUCCAUCCCUCACAGACAUGAACUUAGAUGGGGACAGCAGCAUGUCAGUCAGUUGUGGGAAUGGCAAACUUAGGCAGUGGCUCAUCGAUCAGAUUGACAGCGGGGAGUAUCCCGGCUUGGUUUGGGAAAAUGACGAGAAAAGCAUUUUCAGGAUUCCCUGGAAGCACGCGGGGAAGCAGGACUACAACCGGGACGAGGACGCGGCGCUCUUCAAGGCUUGGGCCCUCUUCAAAGGCAAGUACAGAGAAGGCUUGGACAAACCGGACCCUCCAACGUGGAAGACCAGGCUCCGCUGUGCCCUGAAUAAAAGCAACGACUUCGACGAACUGGUGGAGAGAAGCCAGCUGGACAUCUCGGAUCCUUACAAGGUCUACAGGAUAAUACCAGAAGGAGCCAAGAGAGGCUCUAAGUCCAGCAGUCUGGACGACAGCGCAGCACAUGUGACUUCAAUCAGUUAUCCAAUGCAUGCCUCUUAUCCUCCUCUACAGCCGCAGAUGCCGGGAUACAUGCUUCCUCAGGAGAGACGGGACUGGAGAGAAUACGGCAGCGACCAGCCUCAUCCUCAGGCUCCUCACGCAGAGUUACCGUACGGCCAGUGUCCGUAUCCACCCUCACGCUCCUUACCCUGGCACCCAUCGGCCUGUGACAACGGAUACCAGAUAUCUGGCUCGUUCUACACAUAUUCACCCACAGAAACCCAUUCGGUGACAAUGGACCCCAAUAUGAGGUCCGACGAAGCCAUGGCCAUCUCAGACUGCCGUCUUCACGUGUCUCUGUUUUACCGCGAGUCUCUGGUGAAGGAGGUGACCACCAGCAGUCCCGAAGGCUGCCGCAUCUCCUCGUCUCCGUCCCCAGGCUCCCCCUCGUCCCCGUCGUCCCCGGGCUCCGAGGAGCGUCUGUACGGCGGGGCCGAGCCCGUGCUCCUGCCCUUCCCGUACCCUCAGUCUCAGCGGCGCGGGGCCGAGAAGCUGCCCAACGUCCUGGAGCGGGGCGUGCUGCUGUGGCUGGCCCCGGACGGGCUCUACGGCAAGCGCCUGUGUCAGGGCCGCGUGUACUGGGAGGGCCCGCUGGCCCCGUACGCCGACAAACCCAACAAGCUGGAGAAAGAGCAGACGUGCAAGCUGAUGGACACACAGCAGUUCCUGUCAGAACUGCAGGGCUUCAUUCACCACGGCCGUCCCAUGCCUCGCUGUCAGGUGGUGCUGUGUUUCGGAGACGAGUUCCCAGACCCUCAGAGACAGAGCAAAAUGAUCACCGCUCAGGUGGAGCCCAUGUUUGCCCGGCAGCUCCUGUACUUUGCAGGACAGACCAACGGUCACUACCUGCGUGGAUACGAGCUUCAGAGUCAAGGUGCUUUACCUGUAGAGGAGUAUCAGAGGAGCAUCCAGCACUUGCAGGAGUAAAGAGCUCCACACGCUCUCCAGAGCCUCCACGGACUCCUUCACGAGCCUGAGAUCGCCCGACCGAGGGCCGCUUUCACAUCAUCCCUAGAGCUCCGGAGAUGAACACCCAGCUCUCCGGACGCCACGCGGAAUCAGACGCAGUCAUUUAGUAUGAAAUAAGGCCUUGUGAAUUGUCUCUCGGAGCGCGAGGAAAAACCGUCUCCUUUCCUGACGCGAAGCCAAGUUCAUCCCCAUCCAGCUCUCCGCUCUCAUCGUGUCAUUCGCAGAAGAGGGCGCUGAUUUUUGGACUCCCUGAAUAUUUCAUAUGGAAAAAAACAAACUAUUUUCCCAUAAAAUGUAGUAACUUUCAGAGGGACAAAUAUUUUUGAUAACUGAUGUAUAGUGGCAUAGAUUUUCUGUUACUGGCCUGUACUGCUCCUCUUUUGUAACACAAUCCUGUUUCUUCUCAUUGUUUGUAACUCGGCGCCGUGUUAUAAAGUAUUUAUAAAGUAUGCGUGCUCAGGCAAACGUACUGUACAGCUGUAUAGAUAUCGUGAAUGUAAUCAAAGUAAUUAUUUCUCUGAAUGGCAUCUGACAAGAAGUUAUAUAAUGCUAAAUACUAAGAAAUAGUUUGUGGUUGUGUGUGUGAGCGAUUGUUAUCUGCUUUCAAGUAAAGAUCUAAGUUGCAAAUGCAGUAUGACAAAAAUCAGCUUCUUCCCUCUUUCUUUGUGUGUGUGUGUGUGUGUGUGUGUGUGUUCACCUUGGACGUUGAAGGGAACACACUCGAGCAGGUCAUUGCCCACAGAACUGUGAUGUCAGAUGUGUGAAUGAAAGAGGCAUGAAGAAAAAGAGCUCUUCAAAUUUCUUGUUUCCUUCUCUGUCUCAGAACCAUUGUUUUUAUUCUUUAGCAUUUUUGUAUUCUGUGUCGUUUCGUCUAUUUUAUUUUUUACAUCCGUGCAUUUUUUCAGUCAAGUCAAAUAAAGAUAUUUUUCUUA